GACACAUUCAGUGCAUUUAAUUUGAAUCAUAAUGCACAUUUUUGUUCGUUUGGAAUUUUUCCAUAUAAAUGCAAUUAAAAAUUAACAAUUUUAAAUUCGAAAUGAAUAGAACGUUUUCAAUUUUGUUAUUUUAAUACAAAAAAUGUAAAAGAAAAUUACAGUUAAAAGAAAAAAAAAAAAGAAAAUCAGUUUUCAGUUGCAUAUCUUUGCUCUCAUUUGACAGAUCUCUAUUUAUCAAAAACCAAAGUGUGCGGGAGCCCACUUACAAGCCGAAAUUACGUCACAUCAGUGUAUGCGUGUGUAUACAAAUUAUUGUUUUUUCAACGGCAAAACGUCAUAGAACCGAGAAGUAAACACACGAUUACCGGCAUUGAAUAUCGCAUCAAAUUUUGUUGUAGAUAAGAGCGAAAGUGGCAGCAGCCAUUGGCAAUGGUGCAAUACGGUGUGUUUGCGGCAUUUUUGGUGAUUCGAAUAUUGUCUGUGUUUGUGGUGAAAACAUGGUAUGUGCCAGAUGAGUAUUGGCAAAGUUUAGAAGUGGGCCAUAAAUUAACCUUUGGAUAUGGUCACUUGACAUGGGAAUGGUCAAAGGGUAUACGGAGUUACGUACAUCCGUUGAGCAUAGCCGCAUUGUAUCGGGCACUCGCUUGGUUGGGUCUAGAUCAAGUGGAAAAUUUGGUGUUGGCACCGCGCAUUUUACAAGCACUACUAUCCGCAUUCAGCGACUACUGUUUCUAUCGAUGGGGCGAAUGCAGCAAAUGGUCCGUAUUUUUGAUAGUAACAUCGUGGUUUUGGUUUUACACGGCCACCCGAACGCUACUCAAUACGGUCGAAACAUGUUUAACAACGAUCGCACUGAGCCUCUAUCCACGCCAAUAUGAGCCGGAUUCGCAUAAAUUCCUAUGGAUCGUUGCCCUGGUGUGCUUUAUACGGCCAACGGCCGCCAUUUUAUGGUUUCCGUUGUGCAUCAUUCAUAUGCGAAAGUCCAUUCAUUCCGUUGCCGAGCUAUUGAUCAAGCGGUAUUUGCUGAUUGCGUUAGUUGUUGGCGCAAUUGCUUUCGGAUUGGAUUCGUAUGCAUAUGACCGUUUCAUUGUGACACCGUUUGAAUUUUUCAAACUCAACGUACUCGAGGAAGUAGGCAGUUUCUAUGGAACACAACCAUGGCAUUGGUACUUUAUUGUCGGUUUGCCAACUAUUCUUGGACUAGUUACAUUACCGUUCUUCUUCGCUGUUGUUCAAACACUGCAAAACCGAGAAGUCUACCCGGAUCGAUUCAAUCUAUUAAUCGCCACACUUUUCACACUCAUCGUAUACGGUGCGCUUCCACACAAAGAGUUUCGUUUCAUUUUGCCGUUGCUGCCGAUUUGCUUGCACAUUACCGCUGAUUCGAUGAAGAACUGGAGCCGCGAUGCAUCACGUAUUACCAUUUGGAUUGUUGCUCUGCUCUUGCUCAUUUCCAAUGCAAUUCCAGCCGUCUAUUUGAGCUGGGUACAUCAACGCGGCACCAUCGAUGUUAUGCUUCCGAUUGAGCGCAUUGCACGCGAAUUUCGCGAUACGGAUGGAAAUCAGGCGAAAUUCUUGUUUUUAAUGCCAUGCCAUUCAACACCGAUGUACAGUCACGUUCAUCAAAAUGUUUCACUACGAUUUUUAACAUGCGAACCCAAUUUGAAUGGUGAAAAAAAUUACAUCGAUGAAGCUGAUCAAUUCUAUACCAAUCCAGCCGUUUGGCUUCGAUCUCACGUACCUGUUCAUCCAAAAUCAGCAAUGCCUACGCAUAUCAUCCUCUUUGAUAAAUUACAACCGAAAAUUGGUGACUUUCUCAAAAAUUACAAACUUAUCGAAAAUAUCAGCCAUGCGGAAUACACCGAUAAUCGUGUCGGAAACCAUGUUCUACUUUACGAACGUAUCGCUGAUGUACCACCACAGAAGAAACCUAAAGAAAAACCUAACCAAUUCAACCCACCGAAAAAAUUGGACACUUCAACACCGUCAACACACCGCGAUGAAUUUUAAACUUGAAUAGUUUCAUUAGAAUUUAAAAAUGAAUUAGUGCAAAUUAAAUGAAAAAGCACACAUAAAAUGUGUUGUCAAUUAGUGACUUUAUUUAUCAAUUUUCAAUUUCAUUAUUCCGCUAAGCACUGUCUGAAUCACUUUCAUUUUUGCAGGAAAAAUGAAUCCAUAUUGAUUUAUUAAAAAAAAAACGGAUCUUUCCUUUCCAUACAGUUGGGGUACACAAUUUGAUAUGAUUUAUUUUAGUAUUGAGCAUUUAAAGCAUUUUCAAACUAUAUUUCCAAAUCAUAGGCAUCUUUCGACUUCUACAACAUUUUGCAAUUUCGCAUUUCAAUUCAAAAAUUGAUAAAAACUAGGUUAAGAUUCAGAAAAUUGUUGAAAACAGAAAAACAAAUGCGUCAAUCGCUUCACAUAAAACCAAUUGUAUUUUUCAAGCGCACGUGUUUUAAAAUUCUCUUAGAAAUAAUGAAUAAAAUUCGGAUUUAAAUAAAUUUAAUCACAUUCGAAUAAAAAUUCAAAAUCAAAUAAUAUUUUUAAUUUUUUUUUUUAUUACUUACCUUUUCGAAAGAAAAAAAAACCUGUAAUUUUUCUUUGAAAGAAUUUUCCUUUGCAAAUAAAAACCAUAAAAUUUACUUCA